GGUAAUACAAAACCAAGUCAAGCGACAUUAUCGAAGCAUGAGAUGUUGAAGGAGAUCGCAGUACGGAUGUAAAAUUUACGCCAACAUCGGACCAUGAAAAUUUUUGAGACGAUGAACCUGCUUGUGGUGACCGCAACUAUGGGUGCAGCAAUAGCGAUGUCGUCGUCAUCGUCAUAUUCAUCGCCAUCUUUCGCGAAAGCCGAUGUCGGCACUGCGCUGACUCGAAACCUGCAAACCGCCGACGUAUGCUGCAGAACCUGUCGAUAUGAGGAGGAUCUAAUUCAAGCUACCCUGUCUACGGCAAAGAGCAUCGACGUAGACGUCGUUACUAACGAUGUCAGCAGCCACAACGGCAUCUCCAACGACAAUACUGCCAAUGCAACCCAGCCCCGCACCAUUCGCAUUCUCACAUGGGACCAACCAAAAGCAAAACUCCAGGCCUAUGCCGAUUUGUACCGAGAGUCUCACCCGGAAGCCCCAAAGGUGCGCAUUUACGGUGUGCCGGACCUCAAAGAUUUGCAUUACGAGGUCACGAACGAGUUGCGAUCGCCCUCUGCCAUCUACGAUGGUUACGUGGUCCCCCCCGUCUUUCUGGGGAGCAUGUAUCUUCAGCGUGGCGGACAGGCACUAGUCGUUUGGACCAACGAAGACGGAACCGAAACCCAAACCGACCAAAACGGCAACCAAUACAACAGGUCCGUGAUCGAUGAUCUAUUGCCAUACUAUCGAUACAAUGUAGCGACGUUCGAUGGAAAAAUUCGGGGCCUCCCCAUAUUGUCAGGCUCACAGGCGAUGAUCCUUUUUCGAAAGGACUACAUGGAUGCCCUGAAACUUCCCACACCCAAAACGUGGGACCAUUGGAUUACACUCGCGUCGUUGGUUUCGAACGCAGACCCACCCUUGUUGGACGGCAACGGGGACACGACACAGCCUGUUUAUGGAGCCUGUCUCGGACUGCUCAACGAAGCCGGCUGCCAGAAAAGAAAGAGCAUCGAUGGUCGACCCUGCGACAGCCAGACCAUGACUUAUCUCGGAAUGAUGCUGGCGAGCAUGACCCAAUACAACGGAAAUUCGACGGGGUUCAUGAUGGGAAUCGACAACACGACCGAAACCGGACUCGAUCCGCUCUUUCAACCGACACUGACACGGGUUCUCAAGUGGAUGGAAGACCAGAUAAAGUCCAGCAGACCUACAUCUCUAAUGGAAGACGCCCACGACAGCAUGGCGCACUUUCGAGAAGGUCGCUGUGCUUGGACUAUUUCUAUCAAUCACGACAGCGAGUUAUUGAAAGACGACAACAUCGGGUUUGUACCACUUCCGGGGUCUCACCGUGUUUUGGAUCGGCGUCUUGCAGACAGCGGGAACCCAGAUGAUGCUUCGGGAACAAUGGUCAACUGUACCAACACUUGUGAUCAAAAUUGUGAACUCAUCGGGACCGAAACGCUUUGUCCCUUUGGGAAGGACGUCGACAAGUGGGGCCGUGUCAAUCUUGUGCCUUUUGGAGCCGUCACUGCUACGAUCGGGACUGUAUCCGGAAUUAUUUCUCCAAGCAGGCAGAAAUUCGUCAAGAAGUUUUUCGAAUUCGUUCUCGCGUCCGACGCUGGCGAUAAGGUCGGCCGAAUGGAGCAACCCCUGACGAAAUCCAAGCUGGAGAUGUCCGAUGUACAGAGCUACAAAAGCACCCUGAGAUCGAUGACACGCAGUCCGAAUGCCGCCAUUCCCUUUCGUAUUCCCAAUGCGUACAAUCUCUUGGUCGACCUCGACGAUAGGGUUUACGAAUAUCUACUUGAAAGUGAUUACUCCAAGAUCCGACGCGAAGAGGUUGCUUCUUCGGCGGAAGAAUCCUGGCAAACGAUGAUCUCUAUGUACGAUGCCCGUGGACAAAUGAAAGAGAAUCUGCCGACCUCUUUCUUCUACGAACAAUCCUUGGGUGUCUACGAGCCAAUGCCGGCCUCUGAUCUUUAUAUUGGCUCGACGGCCCGGAGUAUCAUGUGGACUUUUGCUGGCUUGGGUUGUUUUGCAUCCGUUUGCUUUGGAAUAUUGGUUUGGAGGUACCAGGAUGAGAGGGUGAUACGAGGUACGUUCACUCCAGCACAGUUCUGUGAAGUGUUUGCUUCCCGCAUCACAUACUCGGAAGGGGGGUUACAAAGGUGCAAUUUCGCUGCGUAUGAUGGAUUCUUUCGGGAACAUUUUUUGUCGCGUUUCAAUUCGACCUUCUCAUUAUAUGACGAUUUCUUUUGCAUUGGAUAGCAUCACAACCGGUAUUCCUGUAUUUGAUUUGCGGAGGAGCAUUUGUCAUGUAUUUAUCAAUAUUUACACUGGGCAUUGAAGACGACCUUGCUUCGUAUGAGCUUGUAGCAUUGUCUUGCGUUGCUAAUUACUGGCUCUACUCUCUGGGGUUCAAUGCCGUCAUUUCGGCAAUGUUUACGAAAAUCUUGAUGCUUGCCAAGGUACGUUGUGGCAAGAACGAUGGUACCGCUUGCUCUUAGGGGCAGCUUCGGAUGCAGACGAGGCACGAUGCCUCGCAUUCUCUCACAUUUUUGUCCCCGUUUUUGCGUUUUUGGCAGGCCUUGCGCAUGCCCCGCAACGAGCAACGGAUCCAAAUAUCGAAAUGGGAUAUUAUUGUACCGUUUUUGGUUAUUUUUGGAAUCGACUUUGUCGUUCUCUUGGUAUGGACCAUUAUCGAUCGGCAAGAGUGGGUGCGGUACGUGGAGAGAAAAGAGUAGCAAAUCGAACGAAAUCGUCCUGCCCGGUGACAUGAAAGCAUGCCUCUAUUUGUCGUACCGGGUAGUCUCACACACACCCUUAUUUGUUCUUCGUGACCCAAUUCGGUAUCGUUUGGUGGAACCCAUUAGAGUGCCCGUCCAUAACAUGAACCUAUACGCGCUGAAUAUCGUGGAGGAGUCCACUUACGGGAUGUGUACAUCUCUGGAGACGGACUGGGAUAUUAUAUUCCUGUUGGCGUUCAAUUUUAUCAUUCUGAUUCUGGCUCUUGUUCAAUCCUACGAGUGCCGGAGGAUCACAACGGAAUAUGCCGAAAGCGGCUAUAUCUCCGUUGCGAUCUUCGUUUUCGCACAGAUCUGGCUCAUUGCCCUUCCACUGGUGGUGUUAGCGGAGUACCAUCCGAGAACCUACUUUCUGCUGCGGAGUUGCACGGUUCUUUUGACUGCAUCCGCGGUCCUCCUUCUUAUUUUUGUUCCAAAGUCGGUGUACCUGUAUAAAUCCCUGAGGGAAUCGGAAUCGGACGGGGAAAGUUCCAUAGAAUCCUCGAGCUCGAGCGACACCACCCGCUCGUCCUCCGAGGGCACCGGCGGCCAGAGAAGGGACCCACGGGGGACGAUCGGCAUCCGGAUCGUCGGGACCCACUUCCUGAACGGAGACGAGAUCGACGAGCUCCAGGACGACGUGGACAAGGCAGCGCAGCGCAACACGCUGCUCAAGGACACGAGGGAGAAACUGAACGAAAAUCUCGAGGAGCGACAGUUCGCGAGGAAGACCCGGUUCAGCAUGGCCUCCUACAAGAGCUCGGACAGCCUGAACAACAAGGCCAUCGGCAGCCGUAAAUUCUCGAGCUCCGAGUUCUGCUCGAUCCUCAAGGUGAAACCGGAGCGGCCCAGGAAGAACCGGGGGCGCGAGCAAUACCACAAGUGAGAUCGAAGAGAUCCGUCAACUUCCACCCCGUGCCGUUCGUUGUCCGGGUUGGGGUUCAAAAGGGGUUCCGGGGAAGUCACAGUGGAUGCUUUUGUAUUGGAGCUUUGUUUUACAUAUUAUUGUAUAAUACUUCUAGCUUUGAAUUUACAUAUAC